AUGGAUUUUCAAUCCCGGUCAGUCAGCACCAUCGACAGCAGUAACAUCUCUCCGCUGCAUCGACAACAAGUGAAAGGUCGACAAAUCAUCGUAACCGAGGAUCCGCGGCUGCAUCUCGUCUGGAUCGAUAACCGCAUCUUCCUCAAACCUCUUCCCCGGUACAUAACGUCCUACGUGUUCUGGGAUACGUUCAUGAGCAACCCGUCUAAACAUGGUGCGGCGGUGAGGCUUAGAAAGGCCGCGCUCGGCUAUCUACGAACGUAUUUCCACCUGAUCCAGUAUGAAUCCGAUCUUCGAAUCGCACAAGAUCCCGCUCUCUGUUUAAUUCCUAAAGAAGUGGCCUGGCCUCAGUUCUGCCAGUUCACGGCCCGUUUCAACGACAUCACGGAUAGCGAAGUGUCGGGACGGUACCAUUACGGAGAGAUCCGGAUGACACGACUGAACUACUACGCGCCUGUUCUGUUGGGAAGAAGCCAUUACCAACGUAUAGACUAUCAGUAUCGAGCGUACUUUGCUCGCCUACAAGGGCCCGCGCUAUCUGCAUUUGCCUUUUUCUCGAUCCUCCUGAACUGUUUCCAAGUGAACCUCGCGGCCUCCAACUCCGAUAAGAGAUAUUCAAGUGCCCUGCUAUUCGCAUGUUCCUACUGGAUUAGCACGUUGAUCGGAUUAUUUCUUUUCUUCGUCAAAGUGAUUGGAGAAUGGAGCACAGAUCGGGCGGCCAUGUACCCAGUUGAUCCCUUUAAGUCUAUGGACAACCACCCCCCUAUUCAUCACAUGCCCCGAAAAACCGCGUCCUGA